UGUUAUACGUUUAUUAAACCGAUUAUUCUCCUCUAACGAACUCGGAGGCGUGUAUUGGGAACAAAUGUUUAAACAGUUGUUACCAGAAAGAAACAGCUUUCGUUAGUGGUUCGCUCUGCAAGAAAAGUCUUCCAUACAGGUUGAGUAUUUCGUGAAGAAAUGAACCAUAGGAGGAGUGUAGCAAAAUGCUUCGAGUGUGUACUUUUUUAGUGGUUUUAAUUUUAGAGUGUGCUCUCUCCAGUCCAGUGCCAGAGUUCGGUAUUCCGGGAGCAGUUGCAGGCAGUUCGCAAGUGAUCGAUGCAUCGAAACAAACAAGCACUCUCCUGCAAACCGCCACAAACCGUUUAAACACAUCGCUUACAUCAAACUACACGAAACUUCAGGCAACGCUUGACCAGCUGGCCACCUUCGCCAAAUUCACCGCAAGCAUCGAUCGAACUGUCGUCGUACCGCUACUCGUGCUAGCUCGCGAUUCAUCGGGUGAUGUGAGCUAUGGCUUCGAAACUGUUCUCGACGGAAUCACUGCCACACAAGACUACAUCAGUAACACGCUUCCGGGAGAGCUAAAAGCUUUAGAGCUCUUAAUCCAACACUACGUACCCGAUCGCCUUAAAGAUGGAUUCGGAUGUGUUCGUAGAGGGUUGAAUCAGCUGAGUGAAAGCACAGCAUCGCUUCAAACAGCACUGACAGCGGCGAUCAAAGAGGCAGGCACGGUCAAUCUGUCAGGAACAGUGUUGAGGAAGUAUGUAAGCUUAAAGACAGUGUUUGAUGUUGCACGGGCAGUUAGCACGGUGAAGGUUUGCGUUCCAUCGAUCAUUGAAACGAUCAAUAGUACGAUCGAUCGGCUGAAGAUAGCGGAUGGGUUCGUUAAUGGUCUCCGCUUCUGCGAAUGUGACUGAGUGACACUAAUGAGCCGGUUCAUCAUGACCGACCCUGUUUCGCGUGCAGCCCAUCUUUCGGGACGGUUGUUAAAAAUCAUCGUGUUUACACCGGAAUCAUACCGUUGUCGAUGUGUGGUGCGGGCGUGGU